UUCUGUUAUGCCAACAAUGCCAACUGUCAAAAUAGUGAUUAUUUUUUAAAUGAUUUUAUUCUGUCAAUAUUAAAUUGUACGAAUUAAAAAUAUAAUAAUGUCUUUACCAUAUGGCCCCCCGCAACCAGUUUCUCCUUUAAUCAGGGGUAUGAGAUUUGCUCUAUUGAUAGCUGGUAUUAUAUAUGCUCGUGGAAAACAAGCAUUAUAUAAUUCCAAAGAAGCGGAAUGGCGCGAGGAAGAAGCUAAGAAGAAAGUCAUUCGUGAUAGAGAAACUGCUAUAUUGAAGGCAAAAAUCGCUGUGGAGGAAAAAGAAACCGUAAGGCUGCUUGAAACCGGAAAAUUGUUUGACACUGGUAACUAGAGACAUUGAGAGCGAGCUGCUGGAAAAGAUGGAUACCUAUAAUUGAAUUUAACUGAUUGUUACAAUAAAAGUUGUAAUUCAUUGCA